GUUGAGCUUCCGGGGAGCGCUGGCGGAGGGCGUGCUGGUCGGUGGGCGCUGGGUCGCGAGUGUGGCUGGAUUGGUGACGUAAGGGACCAGGCCGUCGCCCGGGGCGGAAGGGGUCGCGCCAUCCUGUCUCUUGUGGGCAACGGAGGCAGCACCGCCGGGGUGAGGCGCGUGUUGGUUAACGGGCGAAGGUGGCCCCUCGUACCCCAUUUGGGCAACUUUGAGCAUGUGAAGUACCCCGAGGAAAUUUGAGAUCCAGUAUGUGGUAUAUCAUGCAGAGCAUUCAGAGUAAAUAUUCUUUGUCGGAGCGCUUAAUCCGGACUAUUGCAGCCAUCCGAUCCUUCCCGCAUGACAAUGUUGAAGACCUUAUCAGGAGGGGAGCAGAUGUUAACUGUAUGCACGGUACCCUGAAGCCGUUGCACUGUGCUUGCAUGGUUGCUGAUGCUGACUGCAUUGAACUGCUCUUGGAAAAAGGAGCUGAGGUCAACGCUCUUGAUGGGUACAACCGAACAGCACUUCACUAUGCAGCAGAAAAGGAUGAAACCUGUGUGGAUAUCCUCUUGGAAUAUGGGGCAAAUCCAAAUGCACUGGAUGGUAACAAGGACACACCACUGCACUGGGCUGCCUUUAAGAACAAUGCAGAAUGUGUCCGAACGCUCUUAGAAAGUGGUGCCUUUGUCAACAGUCUGGAUUAUAACAAUGACACCCCCUUGAGCUGGGCAGCAAUGAAGGGGAACCUGGAGAGCGUGAGUGUACUCCUGGAAUAUGGGGCAGAGGUGCGGGUGGUAAAUCUGAAGGGGCAGACCCCGAUUUCGAGGUUGGUUGCCCUUCUCGUCAGAGGACUCGGCACUGAGAGGGAAGAAUCCUGCUUUGAUCUCCUUCACAGAGCCGUCGGACACUUUGAAUUGCGCAAGAACGGCACCAUGCCUCGCGAAGUCAUGCGGGAUCAGCAGCUCUGCGAAAAGCUUACCACUCUGUGCUCUGCCCCAGGCACCUUAAAGACACUGUCACGCUACGCUGUGCGCUGCAGCCUGGGAGUGCAGUUCCUACCAGAUGCAGUGAAGGAGCUGCCUUUGCCAGAAUCUCUGAAAGAAUAUGUGUUGCUUAAGUGACAGCUGAAGCCUUACAGGGUUCUGUUAAUGGCACACAUUGGUCAAUUUACUGUGCAGCUCCUGUCCUGGCACUUCACACUGACUGUAGCAGCGAUAUGAAGUAGAUUUUGCAGAUCAGUCUGUAACCACACAAGCAAGUUGGGGGGGGGGUUCCUGGCUCUGGCACUGGCUGGCUGUUCCUUUGGCUUCUCCCUUUUGGUGCAGUUAGAUCCCUUCCUUUUCUUCAAAGAGGGAGGCUGGAAGAUGUCCUCUCUAGUCCUAUUUGCCCUGAACACCUCAAGAAAGAGCCUGUGCUCUUCAUCUCCUGCAACAGAUAUUCCCUGGCAUCCUAUAUCUGAUUUCAGCUUCUGAGAACCUUUCACAGAAAGGGAAGGUGGAGCUGCAUAUCAGGCGGGGGGAACGCAACUGCCAAAUUUUUGGUGACCUUCCUGCUUCUAGCUUUGCACUUUGAGUCUUGCCAUUUCAUGUUCUUUUCAAGACAUACUUCCUUUCAGGGUUUAAAGAGACUGCAAUGGCUUGAUGGAUCCAGAGCAAAGAAUAUGGCAAGCUGUUUGAGGGCACUUCACUGUUACACUGCCUCCAAGUCUUGUCUCUCCAAUUCACCUAUCAGACUAACUGGAGAGGGGGGAUUCUCUCCAAAGUACUGGAUCAUGUUUUGUUACUUUGGCCAGAUCUGCACAUGCAGCAGAAUAAAAGAGAACAUAUCCUGAGGUGAUGGUAGUAGCGGACUGUCUCACUUUGACUGUAGGUGGAAAAUAUAAAUUGUGAAUGGCCCUUGGUUGGAGGCAGGGUGAAGUACUAGCUCCUGCAAGUAGAAAGCAAACACUUCAGGGCAACAAGUUCUUAAGCAGUCCUUUCUUUGCUGUGUUAAUUUAAAACAAGCACUUGGAAGGAAUGUGCAGGUGCAAACAUGGCGUAUGAAAUGGUAGACCAUGUUCUUUCUCGUCUUCUGCUGUACCUUGAAUGAUGAUAAGGAAGUUAGUUGCUGUCCAUAUUGUGUAAUAUGUGUUCCUGUAUCUUAUUCAUGGCUUUCAAGCUUACUAAGCAUAUCCUUCAUCCUACCUUGCAGCUUGAGAGGGGGUUGAGGCCAACUACAGAGAUGCAUAGCAUGUUCAGCCAACUCCCGGUUUUGCUGGCGCACUAUUCAGUUUCAGACAUAUUCUGCUGUGUUUUUCCUUAAUUUUCAACAGAAUGUACACAUGUAGGGGAGUAGUAGUAUUUUCAUACUUAAAAUACUGCUUUUAAAAACCCUGCAAAGGUUGCAUGGUGUUCCUCAUCAAGCACAAGUCCCUUUUUUGUAUUAAAGUAGUAGUCAAAUAUUCUCACUACAUGUGCCUAUGAAUCCUGCAUUUAUUGGCAAGUAAUUGAGUAGAUAUUGCUUCUGCUGCCCUCAAAGCCCGGGUGCUGUCUCAAAUCUCCCAAGCAGUUUUGGGCCUUCUUUGGUUUGCUAAAUCUUAAAUUCUUUUAGUUGGCACAGAAGAUUUUUCCUCAUUUUAAAAUUAUAGGCAUAUUUCAAUGUACAUUCCACAAAAAUGAUGCAAUUUUCUAAUUCUUUUCAACAAAGAAUAGAGUGUAAGUGAAGGAUAGCCUAGUUAAUACCGCUGCCUGGAGGCCCACCUCCCUCUACUCUCAGUCAAGGCUCAGAAAUUGAAUUCUGUUUCCUGAGGAGCAGAGAUGCUUCUGGGUUUGACACUACACAUGCAGUGUAGGCUGCUGCAACGAAUCCUGGAGUGUCACUCUUCCUCAAGAUAUCACUGCUAGUUGGGUGGGGAGUGUGAAUUAAUGUUGGGGAGCCCUGAGCACUGGACAUAUCCAACAGGGUAGCCUUAAUUUUCAAGGCAGUGUGGGAGGACCUGUAAUUACUUGGUGAAAUAAUCAGCAUCAUAAGCCAGGGCUCAGGUAGUCCAAGGCUAUUUAACAUAAAGGGAGCCAUAAGCUGCUGGGGGAAAUGUAUUUCUUUUCCUCCUCCACAGGCAACCCAAAAAUAUUGCUCUACUUUAAGAAUCCUAUAAUUCAUGGCUUCCAUAUAUCAGUACCUAAGUGCUGCAGUGCAUUCACCAUCCCCUCCACGAUUUUUUCUCUGCUGUAGACCUAGGCCUUUCUGUGUACUUGCCGAACAGUUGGAAGCCACAUCUUGUGAGGAACAAAUCAUGCUAUGAGCUCAAAAUAGCUUUUCCCAAGUGUUUGGUUGCUAUUGAAGAAGAUCAGUUUGGUGAGCAAAUUACUUGUGUGGGGAUUUAAAAGUUUGCUAAUUAAAAAUUGUGAUGUAGAAGA